CGCCGCUCCGCCGUCCGCCCCCGAUUCCAUCCCACCCCCGCUGCUCCUCUCCGCCACCCCGCCUAGCCUUCACCAUUCCAAUUUGGCGUCCGCCUGCGACGGCCGCCGGGCCAACCGCCGCCGCUCCACCGCCAGUAAUGGCCAUGGCAGCUCGGUUGUGUCUCUACACGGUGUCCUAGGGGCCGCCGGAGCACCGUAGCAUGUCGCUCAACCGCCACGGCCGAGCAGAGGGCCGACGAGCUUGGGGCAGCGAAGGCGCAUCUUUCGGCCGCACAACCGCCUUCCGCACAUCGUCGGAGCACAUCCGGUGGCCGUUUCUACACUGAUGGUGAGGUGCGCUAGCAUCAACAGGUGAGUUUUUUUUAGCACACAAAUAGUAAACAUACAUACAAAGAUUGUGAGAGUCGCACAACGAAACAAGCUGGCGACAACCUUCUUAGAAGAGAAAUAAAGAAACUUGAGACAAGGGAAAUAAUAAAUGGCCAUUACUGUUUGGGUAUUUUGGCAAUGCCAUUACUGUUUUGCUGGCCGCGGCGCGGUGGCAAAGCAAGGGAGAGCGCGAGAGCAGGCGGCGCCAGCACUCGGGGCUAACGGGCCCUUUGGGUUUCUCGGACUACAAAUGGGGCGCUACCCACCCCGAGCCGCCGCGGAACAGAGGAGACAGACAGCGGAGGAGCCCAUUACGGUCCACCACGGUCAAAGCAGAGGGAUGCCCCCCGUCGCAACGGCUAGUCGUGUCCGAUCCCCCCCUCCCCUCUCCGUCCCGUCCUCGUCGCGCCGCUCCUCCGAUCCCCCUUCGCGCCCCCGCGCCGCCGACCACCCAGCAGCCACGGAGAAUCCUGCACCGGCGGCGGGAGGGAAGCCGUUCCUGCUGUCCGUGCCGACGGUCACCGAGGAGGCGCCACCUCCGCUCUGCGCCGUCCAGAUGGAGGGACUGGAUGUUGCUAGGUUGGCGUGGGAUUGCCUCAACCGAGAUGAUGAUGAAGAGCUCCUGAGAUUACUGGGAAAUCAAACUCCUUUGCGAGACUGCCAUGCCUUCCUUGACAUUGGGGAUAUCACCUGCGAGGAGACACUGGACCUGGAGGAAUAUCGGGAACCGAAGCGGCGACGCGUAUUGGAGUAUCAUUCUGAGGUUAAUCAGCCAGAUGGUCGAGAUCAUGAAAUGGGUUCUAAUUUUGUCACAUCUGAGGUAACAGAGGCUUCACUGAUUUGCACUGAUGAACCACAGAGCUUAAACUGGGAUAUGCAGCAAGAUUCAGAUAUUUUAGAUAUGAUAAGUUCCUUGUCAAAUGGGGCACCCUACGAGCCAUCAGAUAAUCAGUUGGAAAAUUACUCUGAUGGAUCUACUAUCUACUACACACCUGAUCAAAUGACUCCUACCCAGGAGAGCGUUACAUAUAUGGAUUGCCAAACUGAUAUGCCAGGAACAGCUGAGAUUGCACCGGCAACGGAGAAUCUCAUAAUGCAGGAGACUAACAAACUUUCUAUGCUAAAAGUAUCUAAAGGAGGAAGCUCGAUGAUCAAGAUGAAGCAAAAUUUAACUACAUUUAUGACAUGCCCAUUUACCCUUAUAAAACCAUAUUGGGAAGAAGGAAAUGUCACUCUGAAGGAUAUAAAUCAGCUAAUCCAUGCUCCUCCGAAGCAGCCUCCAGAAAUCCUGGGAAUGUCAGCUUUUUCUGGCAAGCCAGUGAUCGGCAAGACCAGAAUCAGAACAGAAGGUGGGAAAGGCAGCAUCACAAUACUAAGAACAAAGGGCUGAGGACGCCACAACUUAUUAACAGGCCAUUCCCUCGAUUGCUUUCAAGAAUUUGGUCUUCUUGUGCAGGCCUCUAUAGCUUUUCAAUUUUUCUUGGUCACAAUUGUGCGCCAUGUGUUCAGAGUUACCUUGGAUGGUUAACUCGUUUUCCAAACAUUCAGCAUUCUUGUGUGUUUUAGUGGCAUGCGGCUAAUGAUGUAUGCGGAAAUUUGAGUUCAGAGUGGCAUGUGGCACUCCUUCCGUAAGUUCAUUUAUAGUAAUAUACAGCAUCACAACCCCGA